GAGGCUGUGUCGGUUUUUUUUUCUAAUAUGUGUUUGUUUUUAUUUUAAUUUAAAAGUUUUUUUAAUCAAAACUUGGUCUAAGAAGUGAUUAAAAUGAUCGGGAGUGAUUAUACGUUGGAGCUAUGCAAUGUGUUUCAUUCUGGCGUUGUGGAGCCAGGCAGCCUGUUCCAGCGCAUGACGGGCGGAGUGAAGACCGGGGUGAUACUGAAGGACGUGUCCUUCACCACGCACAGCGGGGAGGUCACCGCCAUCUUGGGAUCUAAGGGUAGCGGCAAGCGCGCCCUGCUCGACGUGAUCGCUCGCCGCGUGCCCUCACAAGGCCUAGUCCUUCUCGACGGAGCCCCGCUCCAGCCCGGGGCCUUCCGCGGCACCAGCGCGCUGCUGCGGCACUCCGCGCGCCUGCUGCCCUCGCUCACCGUGCAGCAGACCCUGGCGCUGUCGCUUACUAAGGUUUCAGGCUAUCUGAAAUCACAGAAAGUGAAACAGGUGAUGGCAGACCUCGCCCUGUCUCAGGUAGCACACAAAUGCGUUACGAAUCUCACGAAGAGCGAAUACCGAAGACUUGUCAUCGGAGUGCAGCUGAUCAGAGAUCCGAUAAUCCUGCUGCUAGACGAGCCCACAUGGGAGCUGGACCCGCUCAACACGUACCUGGUGGUGUCCAUCCUCGCCAACGCCGCCAAGAAGUACGGCUGCGCCAUCGUGCUCACCAUGGAGAAGCCACGAUCAGACGUGUUCCCCUUCCUCGACCGUGUAGUGUACCUGUGUCUCGGCGACGUGGUCUACGCGGGGCCCACCAGGAACCUGCUCGACUACUUCGGGAGCAUAGGGUUCCCGUGCCCGCAGCUUGAGAACCCGCUUAUGUACUACUUAUGCCUAUCAACGGUGGACCGCCGUUCGCGCGAGCGCUUCAUAGAGUCCAACCACCAGAUAGCGGCACUCGUAGAAAAGUUCAAGAUGGAGGGCCAGGCGCUCACGCAGGCCCCUCUGCAUGAACACCGCAGUGUCAUGAACCAGGGGAAGGUGCCGCUGAGCUAUGGCAAGCCGAGCGGCGCGCAUGUGGUGUGGAUGUUGUAUGUACGAAUGUUGGCGUCCAUAUUCAACUUCACGAAGGGCGGCAUGAAGCAGGUGUUCAUGAGGCUGUUCUGUCUGCCGCUCUACUUCCUUGUGCUGUGGGCCUUCUAUAACGAAUCUGCGGACUACCAGACGGCGUUUAUAACAAAAAGCGGUCUACUCUUCAACGCGAUCGUCGGAACUUAUUUCAUCAGCAUCAUGAACACCGUUUGCCUGUUCGGUCCAUACAGAAGUCGCUACUACCAGGAGUCUCAGGAGGGUCUGUACAGCGGGGCCAGCCUGCUACUGUCGUGCAACCUCGUCUCACUGCCCUUCUCAUUGAUCUCCACGUUCGCUGCCACCGCCAUUAUUUAUCCAAUCAUAGGCGACCUGACCGAAGGCCUCGACUACAUCUAUUUCUCCCUCGCGCUCUGGUCGGGCUACGUGUUCGCGGAGCAGCAGGCGCUGGCCGUCAUGAUGCUGGUGAAGAACGGACUCAUUGCCGGGAUUGUGAAUAUCUAUAUCACUUGCGUCUAUGUGAUGCUGGCUAGCGGGGUUUUGAGAUCAUACAAAGGCUACGAAGAAUGGCUGUACUACCUGACCUACAUCACUCACACGCGCUACGCAUCCAUCUUCCUUCACCGCAGCGUGUUCAAGCAGCCGGCCUUCAACCUCCUCCCGUACAGCGACCGGGAGAACUGCUCCUCCAUCACCAACCUCAUCCAGACCUCCUCCACAAUCAACACCAACUCGAAUGCCAACUGCCGCUACCCCAGCGGCAAAGCGUUCUUAACUGAAAGGUUCACGUCGAAGAAUUUUGCAGGAGACAUGUAUCAGACAGGAGAUUUUAAUCUGGACUUCAAUCUGGGGGUUGCGUUCGCGUUUACUGUUGGCAGUAUGAUUCUGAAUAAGUUUUUGUAUCUUAUGCCGUUGCCGAGUUAUAUUAAGGAUAAGUUUAGAGAGUAGUGUGGGUUUGAAGUGUUCAAAAUAGGUUAAGGCUGUAUUCCGUCCUGAGAUUUAAGAUUAAGUAAAGUAUAUUUGAGAAAGAUUAUUAUCUGUAGUUAAACGAGGUGCUUCCGCGUUUUUAA